ACUCUGUGUCUCUCUCUCUCUCUCUCUCUCACACACACACACACACACACACACACCCCGCAGCGCCGAAACACACUCUGUGCUACUGAAAAGGAGAAGAGACGGGGGAAAAGAGGAGAAACAAAAAAGCAGAAAAACGGAGAAAAGCGAAAGUUUGCGCGUGAAACCGCUGGUGAGAAAGUCGGCCGCAUCACCGCUGGAUGGAGAAGAAGUUUUAAGACCUGACCGCUGACGUCAUAUAUAUAUAUAUAUAUAUAUAUAUAUUUACACACAUAUAUAUAUAUAUGUAUAUUUAAAACAAACAUUUAGAAAUAAUAAAAAGAAAGAAAGAGGACCAAAAAAAAAAAUGCCGAAAACGAUCAGUGUUCGCGUGACUACGAUGGAUGCGGAGCUGGAGUUCGCCAUCCUACCCAACACCACCGGCAAACAGCUCUUCGAUCAGGUGGUGAAGACCAUCGGCCUGAGGGAGGUGUGGUUUUUUGGCCUGCAGUACCAGGACACCAAGGGUUUCCCAACCUGGCUCAAACUCAACAAGAAGGUGACGGCGCAGGACGUGCGUAAGGAGAGUCCACUGCUGUUUAAGUUUCGGGCGAAGUUUUACCCAGAGGACGUCUCUGAGGAGCUCAUACAGGAGGCCACGCAGAGACUCUUCUUUCUGCAGGUGAAGGAGGGAAUUCUGAAUGAUGAUAUCUACUGCCCCCCGGAGACGGCCGUGCUACUCGCCUCAUAUGCCGUUCAGGCCAAAUACACCGACUACAACAAAGACGUACACACACCUGGAUACCUGUCCAACGACAAGCUCCUCCCCCAGAGAGUGUUGGAGCAGCACAAGCUGAAUAAAGAGCAGUGGGAGGAGCGAAUUCAGGUGUGGCACGAGGAACACAAGAGCAUGCUCAGGGAGGACUCGAUGAUGGAGUACCUGAAGAUUGCUCAGGAUCUGGAGAUGUACGGCGUGAACUACUUCAGCAUCAAGAAUAAGAAAGGCACGGAGCUGUGGCUGGGCGUAGACGCGCUCGGACUCAACAUCUACGAACAAACCGACAAGAUGACGCCGAAGAUUGGUUUCCCGUGGAGCGAGAUCAGAAACAUCUCCUUCAAUGACAAGAAGUUCGUCAUCAAACCCAUCGAUAAGAAAGCUCCGGACUUUGUGUUCUACGCCCCACGCCUGCGCAUUAAUAAGCGUAUCCUGGCCCUGUGUAUGGGGAACCACGAGCUGUACAUGCGGCGCAGGAAACCCGACACCAUCGAGGUGCAGCAGAUGAAGGCGCAGGCCAAAGAGGAGAAGAACCACAAGAAGAUGGAGAGGGCCAUGCUGGAGAACGAGAAGAAGAAGAGAGAGCAGGCAGAGAAGGAGAAGGAGAAGAUCGAGAAGGAGAAGGAGGAGCUGAUGGAGAGACUGAGACAGAUCGAAGAGCAGACCAAGAAAGCUCAACAAGAACUGGAGGAACAGACCCGCAGAGCGUUGGAGCUGGAGGACGAGAGGAAGAGAGCACAAGAGGAGGCGGAGCGUCUGGAGAAAGAGAAACGGCUCGCGGAGGAGGCCAAACUCACCCUGCUGCAGCAGGCUGAGAACCAGAUGAAGAACCAGGAGCACCUGGCCACUGAGCUGGCGGAGCUUACUUCUAAAAUCUCUCUGCUAGAGGAUGCUAAGAAGAAGAAGGAGGAGGAAGCCACACUGUGGCAGCAGAAGGCCACCGUGGUUCAGGAGGACCUGGAGAAGACGAAGGAGGAGCUGAAGAACACGGUGAUGGCGGCUCACGUGCAAGGACCGGUUCACGGAGAGAGUGAUCACGACGAGAGCGAUGAGAGCAAUGCGGAGGCCAGUGCCGAGCUUACCAACGGUGCCGCGUACAAGGACCGCAGCGAAGAGGAGCGCAUGACCGAGGCCGAGAAAAACGAACGAGUGCAGAAACACCUGCAGGCUCUGAGCACGGAGCUGGCUAACGCUCGUGACGAGACGAAGAAAACGCAGAACGACAUCAUCCACGCGGAGAACGUGCGAGCCGGGCGUGACAAAUACAAGACGCUGCGGCAGAUCCGCUCUGGAAACACCAAACAGCGUAUCGACGAGUUCGAGUGCAUGUAAACGCCCAUUCGCCACGAGCGGCCAGCAGGGGGAGCCACAGCCUGCCCACAACUUCCACAGCUCUCAACUCCAAGCACAGGCUACAAAUUAGAGUGAAAACGGGAAUAGCAAACAUUAUAGGGGCUUCUGUAUCUUUAUAAGGGAGAUUACACAUCUUUUGUAAAAAAUUUUUUUGGACCUUUAUUAUAAUAUAUACAUAAACAUAUAUAAUCUAUAUUUUUGAAACUGCAUGAUGGUUUUACGAGCAGUUCCGUAGUGAUUUGAUUCGAGGUUAGCGAUGACUCUGUACAUCACAUUCCCGAGACAAAAAGCUCGUAAUUUGUGAUAAUAACAUUACGAGUCGCUUUCAAAGUGCCAAUUUAUAUACCAAGUGCCGAUAAUGUUUUUUUUUUUUUUUUUUUUUUUACUGACAUAUAAUAACUUCACACUAUACACUGAGGUUAUUAUUUGCAAUCAUUGCCAUUAUGACAAAGUAGCAUGUUUGUAGUAAAAAAAAUUCUUCCAAUUUAUACCUCUUAAAAAAAAAAAAAAAAAAAAAAAAAAGGGCUUUGCAAGUCUUGUAGCAAAUUUCAUGCCUUUAAAAAAAAAAAAAAGUGACAUCAUAACCGGUUCCUACUGGUUUAGCAUAAUGUAAACAGUAUAAUUAUUUCUGAUUUAAUUAUUGAGUAAUUCAAUUAAAUUCAGUUAAAGUCUUAAUUAUACAUCAUCACAGCCCUCGUGCCAAAUCAUUUUUUCACCAGUACUCGUUCAUUUAAAUUGUGUGUGUGUGUGUGUGUGUGGUCCCCAUGGUCCCCGUCGAAGCUCCUCCGCUACACCAGCCCAGGUCUGUGGACGCUCCCUGCAUUCGCCAAUGCAAUCGAAAUAAAAUAUCAAACCGUAUUUUCUUUUUUUUUCACCCGUAGUUUUUAUUUGAUCUUAUUCUAAUGCUAAGCUUUUUUUGUUGUUUGUUUUGUUUUUUAAGACACGGAAACUUUGCAGUAUUAUUUUUGAAGAAAUCCGUAUUAGAAAAAAAACACACUCCGAAGAGCAGAGCUGCGUUUUUUUUCCCCUUGUUGUAGAUUUUAGCAUCAUUUAGCGAGUGUGUGCUAUUUAUACACGACGCCUCUGACACGUUCCCGUCGGUCUGACGCCGGACGCAGCGAGCCGCCGCGCUGAAGCAAUACGGUUAGUUUAUCUCGGGUCCGUUCUUUAGCUCUCGGAUAAUCACGACUGUUACCGAUAUGUAAAAGUUAGAGAUCUUGGAUUAGUUUAUCUUCAGUUUGCCGCUCCGCAGAUGCCAUGUGCCUUCUGUUUAGCCAAUCAAGAACAAGGAAAUCUGCUUUUGAAUGUCUUCAUUUAAACUAUCAAUAAAGUAUUAUGAAAAAAAACACAGAA